UGUCUUGAGACUGACACUGCUAAGAUAACUUUGUGUUUAGCAUCAGAGGAGUUACUGACUUGGACCUUCUCUUUCAUUUCAGCAGCAAUGAUGGAUAACCGUUUUGCUACAGCACUGGUAAUUGCGUGUGUUCUCAGCCUCAUCUCCACCAUAUAUAUGGCAGCUUCCUUGGGCACUGAUUUUUGGUAUGAGUACCACACUCUGUCCCCUGCUGAGAACAUUACCGAAGCUGGCAGGAGCAUCUGGGAGGAAUUUGUCAGUGAAGAAGCAGAUGAGAAGACCUACACAGAUGCACUCUUCCGGUGCAAUGGCACAGUUGGGUUGUGGAGGAGGUGCAUCACUGUACCCAAAAACUCUCACUGGUACAGCCCACCAGAAACUGAUAUGACUACAAACUGCAUCAGUUUUUCCCUCUCUGAUCAGUUUAUGGAGAAGUACAUAGAGCCUGGAAAUCACAACAGUGGCACAGAUUUGAAUAGGACUUGUAAGUGUCUUUCACAUCUUGCAGGUAAAAACAGUGGGAUUUAAAA